AUGACGGUGGCCGCACCACCUCCAGUGCCUCCCCCAGUUCACGAGCACGGCAUCAAUGGCCUUCCUGGCCAUGCUGUGAACAUGAGUCUGCCGCGAUUCCACCCAAUCGCAAUGAAUCCAAACCAACCUAUCCCUCCAGAACAUGCCAUGCAGAAUCAUCACCAUCAUUACUACCGUCCUUUUCCCCCUCCGCCGCCUAUGCAGGAGCCUGGUCCGUCUGGCCCUCCAGGUCCUCCCGGCCCCCCUGGUCAACCUCCAUCUAUAGACCAUAUCGAAGCUCGGUUGAGGCAAUUAGAACAGGAGGAGGCGGCACGAAUGGCGGCCCGUAGUCAACUACUUGCGAUUCGAAAACGGGAAGAUGAGGAGUUUCGUAGGAUGACUGAGCAUGCUGAAGCUGAAGAAGAGGAGCUUCGUAGACAAAGGAAACGUCUAAAGAGAGAGUCUAUGGGACUCGGGUAUAAUGCAACUAUCGACUCGCCGCCUCUGCGGCCCACGCCGCCUCGUCGCUUGUCAGAAACGAAUGCAGCCACGACCCUUGCGUUCUUUAAGCAACAGAGUCCCCCCGAGCCACGUCCUAUUCCGCAACAACCACCGGCAGUGCAAGCGCCCCAACCUCAUCAUCCUCCACCACAACAUACGCAACAUAUCCAGCAUGACCCGUCAGCGGCCAAUGCGAUCAGGCGGAAACAGAAAUACACGAUUAAGAAUGUAGAGGCUUGGGGGGAACGCCAUGGACGUCCCGCAGCACAUGAUCCUUCCGGACGAGCGUUGUGGAAGCGGCCAUCCGACGGCAGCUUGGUCUACCUAACAUGCCCGGUUCAGGGCUGCGGCAAAGCUGAUUUUGUGACGCUUCAUGGCUUUAUGUGCCAUCUGACGAAGAAGCACAAGGAUCGCAGCCUGGGAAGCCAGUCUAGGGCGUUGGAGGUCUGCGGAGUGGUCUUUGACCCCAACGCUCCUCUCCCGCCUGUAUCUUCAGUGAAUCGUGCCUCGACUGAGGAAAGCCGUGUGGAGUCUGCCCCGGCGGAUCCCGACAACUACUCCAACGACAUGGAGUAUUCGUCCGCUUCUGAUGAAGAAGGCCGGGAGCGGUGUCCUGUGAAGUCGGAGCCGACAGAGCGACCUCUGCACACCCCAGCAGCGUCUCUACCCACACCCGAAGAACCCACAACACUUCCGAAACCGAAUGGCUUCACGAAACAAUCUAUCUCCUCGAUCAUCGAUCGAGAUCCUACCGCUGAGCAACGAGAAAACUUGAGUUCUGCGGUUCCUCACGCCUCUCCACGAUUGUCGCCAGUUGCAUAG